CAAUCCUCUCCGGGUGCGGGCUCUCCCCAUCUACGAGAGUUUUUAAUGAAAAUAUGUACCGUGGGACUUGAACCAUAGGCAUUCAGGGAUACAUCCUAGGUGCCCCUCACCCAUUGGAAUGGAGUUGAGUAAAUAUAGGUAGUAUUAUUAGAGAGCGUAGUAGAUUUUGGGGAAGCUCGCCGUCUUUGCUUCUUUGUGUAAGACGUACAAAUAUGCAUGCCUUUAGGUUAAAUUUCUCAUACCUGAAUGCGUAUAUCAAACUUGGCAUCCAGAUACAAAAGUAGACAGUUAUGUUUGUCUCUCGCGCAACCUUUUGGAGUGUUGUGAGCAUUGCUACCUGCAGUACUUACGCGUAUGAGUAUGAAGUAACAUCUUGUGCGGACAUGGCUUCAUAUGAUGCUGGAGUACAACAGGUUCGUAUGCAGUGGAAUGCAGCCUGGCGGUACACAGACGACUGUCGAAAACUAGACUACGUCAAAUCACAAGUAAACAAAGCAUGCCCAAGAACACCCGAAUGCCUGGUAGACGGGUUCUUAGAUGGGCUGGAGGACAAAUACGAGGAGCGCAAGAUGAAGUGCGGUUGUGAAUGUUCAGAAGAAACGCCUGCUGUAACAUCGUCGCCUGUAGUUUCACCCACACCAGCUUGCGAUGGCACGGGCCGCUCCUCAGCGAACAAAAAAUGGGAUGCCGCAUUGGAAGUCUACGGCUCUACUUGUGGCAUGCUCGACACCGUGCUGGAGGUCGCGAAUUUUCAGUGUCCUUCGAAGAAAUGCGGCCGAGAAGAGUACAACGCUCGCGUGGCGGAGCUCUAUAACAUUGAUCUCCGGAAGUGCACAGAACAGUGCAAGGGCUACGGGUUUGCACACGGUAACCGGCUAGCAAUGAGUUUCUGCGGCACUACAGCUCUCAGUACAGCGUUGGGCGAUGAGAAGUUGACGAUUUCUAUAUGCAACCAGGAGGAGCAGAAGAAAUGUGAAGAGCAACUGGAGCAGUACGUGUACAGUAUGUGUGAUGAAGCACGAGAUAGCACAGCCGGUGCAGAGUACUACGACGCGCUCAGAAAGUCAUGUGCGAUCACCAUCGGACCCGAUCACCCUAUACCAACAACAAAACCCUUCCCCAAUGACAACUACAUGACAUGUGAGAUGUGGCAUAAUGAAAGCGUUGACAACAAUUGUGACGACCUAGAUGGGAAAUACCUUGAUCAGGAAACCGGAUGCUGCAGGAAACUUUAUCGCUGUGGGCCUUGGCCAAAAUGUACUGCGCUUGAGUGCUGCACCCUACUGGAUUAUUAGUGGCUAUGCCCGGCAUGUUAGCGAUGUGAAUAAAUCUAGCACACUGA